UCACCUGAUUGGCAGGAGCGUCUUCCCGAAGAAACGUAGGUUGAGAACGGGUUUGCCGAGCGCUUCGCAUCGGAGUCGGCGUCACUGGCGGACUCGAGCUUCGACUGUUCCCCUUUCGCGCCGCCUCCGUUCGCUCCGCUGUCGGGGCCCGGGGUGCCCCGCCGAGGAGAGAUAGAUUCGAACGCCGCGCUCCCAGGUGUGCGUCGACGAACGCGGGUGGGUGGGCUGCACCUCCGUGUUUUGGCGCGGUGGAUGACGACGACUCGGAGCCUUCCCGAACCCGCUUCGGACCUCCUCGGCUAAAGUCCGGAUGUUCUCGUCGGUGUCGCGGUCUUGCAACAAAGAGCGGCCGGCGGCCAACGAGCAGCAGCCCGGCGGCGGCAUGUGACGAUGUGGGCGGCCGAGAACUACGCGCCGGGCCUGAUCGCCAUCAGCGAGAGCGCCGGCGAGAACCCGCUGCAGAGCCAGCGGCCGAAAUGGCGCCGCCUGUGCCGCUACCUGGGCGUGCUCGCGUUCCUCUCGGUGCUGGGCAUCGGGCUGUGCUUCGCCAUCGCGCUCACGGUGUCCCAGCCGCCCGGCCGCGCCUCGUGGGAGUACCUGCUCAUCUCGAGCCCCAUCGUGAUCCCGGGCCUGCUGGCGCUGUACCUGUGCACGCGCCGCUGCUGCGGGCUCAUCCUCAACCUGGUGUUCGCCUUCCUGGCGCUGCUGUGCGGCGCCGUGCUGGUGGCCACCGAGACGCUCGCCUCCAUCGGCAUCAUGCUCACCAUCGUGGGCGGACUCAUCCUGGUCGUGAUCCUGGUGACGCUCGUCUACGACCGCGUCACGGGCCGCUCGUACGAUGACGACGACGAGGAGGGAGAGCUGGGCAGCGGCGUCGGCGGCGGCGCCGCGGGCAGCGUGCGCAACCGCAGCCUGCGGCGCCGCGCGGGCGACCUGCUCUUCGGGGACGACGUGUCCCAGAGGGCGUACCCCAACUGCGCGCCGCUGCGGCGCAGCUUCCGGCUCGCCUCGCAGAAGAAGAAGCCCCACCCGCACACGCAGGUGCAGUUCAUUGUGCCCGAGCUGCCCCCGCCUUCAUCGGGGUUGCACUCGCGCAACAGCCCCGAACACGGCGUGCACACCCAGGGUUCCUCGACCGCCGCGGGAGUCGAGCGACCCGCGACGCCUGAUGGCAUGCCGCGCGGCCAUCAUGAAGCCAGCGUCGCCAGUACCAGCGGGAGGCCCGGCGGAGCCUGCGAAGCCGCACACGUCUGCACGCACGCCCCGUCGCCGCAGCCCCAACUCGUUGCCGCAGCCUCCAACGAGCAGACGUCCUGAAAAGAGCCUUGUGAACGAUGCGCGGACAGACGCUUGCUGCGGUGAAACACAGCGUUCAGAUUCUCACCUGUUACAA